UAGUCUUCGCGCAACGGUUACGAAAGUAACAUACAAACACCUCUGUGAUACGGCGCGCGGUUAUGAUCUCGACAAUCCACGCGAGACAUCGUGUAUCGCUGAAAUAUGAAUUGAGUGUUUCAAUCAAAUUCUUUUUGAUAAUAAUACAUGAGGCAUAGCCGAAAUAAAUUGUAAAUGAUUCGACAAUGCAAUAUCUUCGAUGUUGUAAAAAUAAGAUCGGCUGUUUCAGCGAGAUAUCGCAGUUCUAUUGAUACAAAUGUUUCAUUUCGUCGUAUUCGUUAUUGAUAACAUUGAAGCAUUCAGUGAUAAAAAGUCUGGGUAGUGAUCAGGUGCUGUGCGUACGUGCAAGUAUUUAAUUAGGUCUAGUACACAGACUUGCAUUUUGUAUUAUUUUUUUAAAAGUUUCAUAAGACUCUACGCGAGAUAAUUAUCUUUUUUCUUUUUUAAAUUUGAUCAGAAUCUGCAAUCAUUAUUAUACGAUUCCUAAACCAUCAAUAAUUUUUCAUGAUAAUCAUUUUAAAAUCAAGUACAACGGAAACGAGUCGUACACAACGUUAGUGGUUUGGCUAUAGAUUGGCGAAAGUUCUUCGACUUUAAAUAAUUUUUUUUCUGUCUGAAUUCGACCACAAAAAAUGAUCAAAUCAAAAACAACUUUUGGAUAUGCGGCAUUUGCGGUUCUUGCUCUGUCUUUAACGCAAGUUAAUUCUAAAUCGGUGUCCCGUAACGCUCCGUUAGACUUAAUUAUUUUGCACAAUAAUGAUAUGCAUGCACGAUUCGAACAGACGUCGGCUAAUUCCGAUACAUGCAGUAAGGAAGACGUUACAAACAACAAAUGUUACGGUGGCUUUGCUAGAGUCGGAUAUGAACUGAAAAAAUUCCGAAAUGAAGCUGACAAUGGUGGUGCACCAGUACUCUAUUUGAAUGCAGGCGACACAUAUACCGGAACGCCUUGGUUUUCACUGUACAAAGAUAAAAUUGUAUCUGCGUUCUUGAAUCUAUUGCGACCUGAUGCGAUCUCGCUAGGAAAUCAUGAGUUUGAUAACGGUGUGGAUGGAUUAGUGCCAUUCUUAAAUGCAGCCCACUUUCCCGUCCUAGCAGCAAAUUUAGAUCUAUCGAAGACUCCAGAAAUGCAGAACACGACAUCCUUGAAAAAGUCCACCGUAUUCGAUGUAAAUGGCGUGAAAGUCGGUGUAAUUGGUUACUUGACACCUGAAACGAAAUUGUUGGUUGCACCGAACACGGUUGAAUAUUUUGAUGAAAUUCAGGCAAUUAAUUCCGAAGCAGAGGCGCUAAGGCAAACCGGAGUCAAUAUAAUUAUAGCUUUGGGUCAUUCAGGCUAUGAGAAAGAUAAGGAAAUUGGUAUUGAAUGUCCAUUAGUUGACGUGGUCAUAGGAGGGCAUUCACAUUCGUUUUUGUACACUGGAGAUCACCCAGAGCCGGAGAGUGCUAUCGGUCCGUAUCCGACUACUGUUAAGAAGCCCAAUGGUGUUGAAGUUCCUGUUGUCCAAGCUUAUGCGUACACCAAGUAUCUUGGACAUUUAAGACUGAGUUUUGAUGCUAAUGGAAAUUUGCUCUCCUUCAACGGAACACCUAUAUUGCUCAGCGGUGAGGUACCUCGAGACCAAGAUGUUUUAGCUUUGUUGGAAACGUACCGUCCAGGAUUGGAUGAACUUUAUGCCGAAGUUGUUGGCGAAACUAAGGUGACUUUGGAUGGUGUCUGUAGAUUUGGCGAAUGCAAUUUUGGAAAUCUUAUUGCCGAUUCAAUGGUAUACGUUCGAUCCAUCCAACAUAAUAAUUCAGAUGGAUAUUGGACAGAUGCGGCAAUCAGUUUUAUGAAUAGCGGAGGAAUCAGAGCAAAUGUUGCUAGGGGAAUUAUUACGCAUUACGAUCUUAUGACUGUCUUACCAUUCGAUAGCCGUAUCGUAGUAGUACAAAUGACAGGAAAGGAUAUAUUGACUACGCUGGAGAAUACUGUACGAAGAUAUUCGGAUACAAUUGGCAGAGGCGAAUUUUUCCAAUAUUCUGGCCUACAAGUUACCUUCAAUUUAACACAACCGACUGGUUCACGCGUUCAAUCCGUCCGAGUGAGAUGCGCAAAUUGCGAUGUUCCGAGAUUUGACAAUUUGGACGAUAGUCGAACAUAUAAUGUAGUAACGACCGAUUUCAUCGGUGGUGGAGGUGAUGGUCACACAACAUUUUUGAAUAAACCAACCAUAUCAACUGGCAUUGUUGACCUGGACGCAGUUAUAAGCUACAUAAAGUCAGUAAAUGUUGUGUAUCCAGCUGUUGAGUGGCGGACAACAUUGAUCGGAAAAGUGCAGGAAGAGGAUGACGACGACGACACAGAGCCAAACAAUGCAAGACAUGUAAACACAUCAUUUAUGCUCAUAGGAUCAAUUCUGCUUUCGACCUUUUAUCGAUACUUGUAGAAAAUCUUAAAUUUAACCACAUCAAACAAUAAAAAUGAGCGUCUGACGUGGCCUUUCAUAUAACUCAAAUUUCCAGCAGUGUU